CGCAGAUCACAUCAGCAGAUGCUCCCUGCUGGCUCUAAUCCAUUCCUCUAAUCUCAUCUCAUUGACUAGACUGAAGGUUUGAUAACGCCAGACUCCAGCUAGCUUUAGUUCAUGUCAUUAGCCUGGGGCUUUUGUCUAAUCUCUCUCUGAAUGUCGUGGUGAAUAUUGUCAAGUGUGUUAUUUCGAUUUAAUACAUUAUUUUAUUUUAUUUUAUUUUAUUUUAUUUUAUUUUAUUUUAUUUUAUUUUAUUUUAUUUUAUUUUAUUUUAUUUUAUUUUAUUCCUUGUUUGAUGCAUACCUCCUCCGCUUGGUGGCGGUAAAGCAUCUGCUCGUUGUCAGCUGUAAACACCAGUAAGCGGAAGAGGGAGAAGAAGAAAAAAUAGGCCGGCAGCAUCUUGUUAGCAGACAACAUAAACAUUGGUUGAUUUUUGUGUAGAUUGGACUAUUGAGGCGGUUUAGCGUUCCACUUUUCAUUGGAUAAUAGCUGCAAGAUGUCGUAGUGUGGCUAUGUGUCUCACGAUCAACCAUGGUUGUUUGGAUUUCGGAUAUACAAAGACCUUCAUGUUGCCCUACUAACGGAUGAUACCAUGUUCAAUUACAAUAUGAAGGAAACUACAAUGUGGCCUUAAACUGUAUUAUUGUCGACUGUCUAUUCAGCCCAUGAUUCAGCUGGAGAAACCAGUACCGACUGGUACCAUGCCAGUCGUGUGGCCAACCAUCCUUGACUUGGGCAGGGAUGAGUGCAAAAGAAUUCUCCGUAAACUGGAGCUUGAGGCUUAUGCUGGCGUCAUUAGUGCCCUCAGAGCCCAAGGGGACCUGACAAAGGACAAGAAGAAUCUCCUGGGAGAACUCACUAAAAUCCUUGGUAUUUCAACAGAGCGUCAUCGUGCAGAAGUCCGCAGGGCGGUUAAUGAUGAACGCCUCACCACCAUUGCAUAUCAUAUGUCAGGACCCAACAGUUCGUCCGAAUGGUCGAUUGAAGGGCGGCGACUUGUUCCACUGAUGCCGAGGCUGGUCCCUCAGACAGCUUUUACCAUGACUGCUAAUGCGGUCGCCAGUGCUACAGCCAAUCAGAAUGCCUCACUUCUGUUGCCAGCUGAAACGGGAAACAAAGAAGUGGUUGUAUGUUACUCCUAUACCAGCACCACCUGCACCUCCACCAGUGCUACAGCAACCAGUGGCACCAUAGGAGCAACGGUGAAGUCACCACGACCUGCCAGCCCUACAUCCAACGUGGUGGUGCUGCCCAGCGGUAGCACUGUUUAUGUGAAAAGUGUGAGUUGUUCAGAUGAAGAUGAAAAGCCUCGCAAGCGAAGAAGGACAAACUCAUCCAGCUCGUCGCCAGUGAUGUUGAAGGAGGUUUCCAAGGUGUCCCCUCCAGUUUCCAAGAACAUCACACUUCCUGUCAGUGGCAGCCCUAAGAUGAGCAACAUCAUGCAAAGCAUCGCCAAUUCGCUGCCUCCCCACCUGUCCCCAGUCAAGAUCACCUUCACCAAGCCCACAAUCCAGACUACUAGCACCACCACGCAAAAGGUCAUAAUUGUGACAACCUCUCCCAGUGCCAACUUCGUUCCCAACAUUCUGUCCAAGUCUCAUGCCCACCACAACACCACUGUGUCUAAGCUGGGCUCCACCUCUGUGUUGAACACACCCACUCAGAAGCAGACAGUUGUGUUUCCUGCCAGUUCCAGCCCUAAUUCCACCACUAUUGCUGUGACGACUGUGGUCUCCUCUACUCCUUCAGUGGUCAUGUCAACUGUCACACCAUGUGCCUCUUCAGCUGGAGUGAAGGUCGCUGCAGCCAGGCUUCCUUCACCUAAGACUCUGAUGGGGUCACCUACUCAGAUCUUGGCCCAGUUUCCCAAACAACAGUCUCCAAAACAACUGCAACAGAGCUCAGCUUUAGGAGCUUCUAGUGUUGGUCAGACCCAAACUAGCACCACCUCCCCUGGAGCAAAACCCACAAUUCAGAUCAAACAAGAGUCUGGUGUAAAGAUAAUCACUCAGCAAGUUCAGCCGAGCAAAAUUCUGCCCAAGCCGUCGUCAGUGGCUCUGUCCGGGAGCAGCUCCUCUCCCAUCAUGGUUGUUAGUAGCAAUGGAGCCAUAAUGACCACUAAACUGGUCACUCAGCCAACAGCUACCCAGGCGACAUAUACCAGACCCACUGUUAGCCCGACCAUCGGCGCCAGAAUAUCAGCCUCCAGUGGUGGGGCCACUUAUGUCAAGACCACCAGUGGCAGCAUCAUCACUGUUGUGCCCAAAUCUCUGGCUACUCUGGGUGGGAAAAUCAUCAGCAGCAACAUUGUGUCUGGCACAACUACUAAGAUAACCACCAUCCCCAUGACGUCCAAGCCAAACGUCAUUGUUGUUCAGAAAACAACUGGUAAAGGAGCAACCAUCCAGGGACUGCCAGGAAAGAAUGUGGUCACCACUCUUUUAAAUGCUGGGGGGGAGAAGGGUCUGCAGGCUGUUCAGGGGACAAAACCAGCCAUCAUCACUGCCUCCAGACCUAUUACCAAGAUGAUUGUCACCCAGCCCAAAGGUAUGAGCGCUGGAUCCCAGUCCACCGCCACCAAGAUCAUCCCAACCAAGAUCGUCUACGGCCAGCAGGGCAAGACACAGGUUCUCAUUAAGCCUAAGCCUGUCUACCAGACUGCGGUGGUCAGUGAACAGACCAGGCAGCUGGUCACUGAGACUCUGCAGCAAGUGACCCGCUCUGCAGACCUUGCUCUGGGGCAGAGCUUGGGUCCGGAGGGGACUACAAAGGAAGAGGUCAGCUUCAUAGAGGCCAUCAGCUUAACUGGAGAGGCCUCCCAAGGUAGUGCCCAAGACCCGCAGCCUGUAGUGCAUGUGGUCUCCUCCAGGGAGCAGAAUUGGACUGAGCAGGAAGUAGCUGUGGAGACCAGCCCAACCAUUAUCUAUCAGGAGGUAACUAGCGGGGAAUCCCAGUCCGCCACAUCUACCAUCAAGGCUCUGCUGGAGUUACAGCAAACAACAGUAGUUAAAGAGAAAGGAGAGUCCAAACUGAGGCAGAACACGAUCGACCUGAGCCAGAUGGCCGUGCCCAUCCAGCUGGCCCAGGAGAAGAAGCCCAGCCCAGAGUCCACGUCAGAGGCUGAGCCCAGCACCGACUAUGUCUCAGCAGGUAAAGUGAGCCGAGUGGGCGUGUCCACGGAGGACGAUGAUGUAGUCAUGUCCUCUAGCCAGCAGCUGGUAAAGCCUUACAAAACCAGCGGCCAGGUUGCUGUGGCGACCAAAGCGGCUGCUGCCACCUCUGCAGCGUCACACGCCAGUCACAUGCCCUCCGACAGCCGUGGCAAAACUGAGACCAUGUUAGAGGCCGGAGAGCUGGAAGGCGACACCUUGGACCCACAGACUGGCUUGUUUUACCGUUCCACCCAACCAGCAUCAGAGCCCACGAAGCAAGCCGCCCACCCGGCUGGCGCUCAGCCGCCACCGAGCCAAGCCGAGUCCGAGCCGAGCCGGCACAGCUUGGCAUCCGGCCAGCCCGCGCCACCGCCGCCGCAGCUGCAGAGCAAACCUCAGGUCAGCCAGCCUCCCUCUUCCUCCACCGCCUUCCCCUCCACGCCUCCCCUGAGCAAGAAACUCCCCAAACUACGAGAGCAGAGUUUGCUCAAACCCCAGACUUUAUCCCAGAGCCCCAAAGAUAGAUCCCCGACUACACCGGCCCAGGCUGGGGCGAAGGUCCCAACCCCGACCACACCAACCAAGCCCCUGACGCCACAGCUCCCAAAGCUCCAGCAAGCACCCACGUCCCACCACAGGCCCCAGCACAUGUCCAUGUCUCACCCCCCUCCGCUGCAGGCGCACCACCCUGUCAGCACCGAGAAGACCGCAACCAGCCAGCAGCCAAUCAUCACGCAGAAUGCCACCCUCACCAAGAUCACCUUCGGCAGCUCCCACCCGCCGCCCGUGUUCAGCAGCGGCGAGGCCACUGCCAAGCUGAUUCCAGAGUCCAGCUCCAGUUUGUCUGGAGACAAGCCCUCGGUCUCAGACAUCCUGAAGAUCUCCAUGAUGGAGGCCGAGAUCGACCCGAGCACAGAACCCAUGGUGGUGGACUCCUCCAGUGAUUGCGGCCCGCUGGGUAAAGCCCUGGAGGUCCAGGCCGUGUCGGGCACGCUGGACGCCGGCCAGUUCAUCAGCAGCUCCGGGGCCUCCGUGCACCGGUCCCACACAAAGGCCCAGCAGUUCAGCUGCAUGCAGGGCCUCACUGCACAGAGGAGCAAAGAGGACCUGGAUGUCAUAGAGGUGAUUCCCCAGUACUCCAUCUUGCCGGACUCCAGCCAGUCCAACGUGGUGGUGGAGCCCAGCGGCUUCCUGGAGAUCACCAACUACACCAGCCAGCAGCUGGAGGAGGACAGCCCCAUGGAGCAGGAGGUGGACAGCAGCAACGACGAGGCCACGGCGGCCAGUCCGCCUGACCAGCCGUAGCUGCAGUCAUUAUUGGGAGCAGAGCGGAGGAUGACCUCAGUCCCAGUGAACUAAGACUUAAGAGUUGUUUUCUGUUGUGUAAAAUACUAUUUUGUUCAUAAAUAAGUCUAGUAUUUUUUUCUUCACGCGGCUAAGGACACAUGCUUCUAUCGCUCUGGUUCCAAUGUGAGCGAGCGAGGUGAAAGGCUUAGCUGCAGCCGCUCACACACAGUUGGACGGCCGCCUCUCCAAACAUACCUAAUUGUUUCAGUAUGUUUACAUUUUUACCUGCAGGACUUUGCGAGUCAACCACGCGUUCAUGAACCCGAUGGCUCGGAGCCCCGCGCCGCUGUACAUCAUUUCAAACACACCUCUAUGUUGAUGGUUGUCCAGAAGGAUUCAAACACACGUUACCCAGUGACUUCACUCCGAUUUCUCCCGCCGCGUGCGGACGUCUUCUGGAGGUUUUUUGUCUUUUAAACGUGAACUGUUUUUCGUUUGACCGAGCUUGUAACAGUGAAACCUGAAAUGCGUAUGGGAUUUACGAAGCUGGAGCAGAUUGGAUUGCAGUGUGCAACAUAAAGCAGAACCAGAGGAAUCCAGAUUCCUGAAGGAAAGAGGAAGCCCAACACGUGUUACAGCUCAUAGUAACUGUAAUGGGGGGAAAAAAGUUGACUCUUUGCUGGGAUAUUCACCAAGUAUGCAUUUGCAUAGUGUGUGUAAACUAUGCCCCUGUUUUAUACUUUUUCAAACUAGAUGACUAGUUGAGAGAAAUCAUUUAAUCCGCACAAUAAAUACAGAGGACGAA